CAGUCCUGCUUUGUUCUCAGACCUGUAACUUCUGCAUUGAGCUUAUCAGACAGCACGGCUACACUGAGAGAAACAACAUUCACUCCAAUUGAAUCCAGGUGACGAGUGUCAUGGCAGUCCAGUCUGUGAGAAUGGUGACUGCCAACAUGUUACUGAGUGUCUUCUUCCUCUCAGGUGCUUUGGAUGCUGAUCCGUCGGUUACGGAACUAUUCAUGACUGCACCUCAAGAGAUGGAAGCACUGAGUGGAUCUUGUUUGCAAAUCCCCUGUAACUUCAGUGCUAAAUCAGAAAAUAGAUUCAACAGCACAAGAACAACCUACGGAGUGUGGAUCAAAGAUACCGUUGACUUUGCCAACAAUCCAAAUGAUGUGAUUUUCAACAGUAGCAGGGUGGAUAAUACUUAUCCAAUGAAUCUAACUGGAGACCUGAGUCAGCAAGACUGCACCACUUUGUUUUCCAGUUUAAUCACAACAUACACAGCCACAUACUACUUCAGGAUGGAGAACGGUCCAUUUGUAGCAACAGCUGAUCGUGAUCCUCUUAAAAUAACAGUUAACGAUUCUCCUCCAAGUCCCAGUAUUGAGAUUUCAGGUGUUCUGAAGGAGAAGGAGUCUGUCUCUAUAAGCUGCUCAGCUCUCACUCCCUGUCCACACUCUCCUCCUAAACUCACCUGGAAUCUCCUAGACCCUCAUAACAUUAUAGAGGAAAACACAGAUCGAACCUUCACAACUAAAAUCCAGAAGAACUUCACUCUGUCAGACAAACAUGAUGGAUUAAACAUCAACUGUUCUGCCAGUUAUCCUGUGAAUGGAGGAAAAGAUUUCUUGACGGCAGAGCAGAAUAAGACUCUCAAUGUUUCAUACGCUCCCAAGGACACCUCUGCGUCCAUCAGUCCAUUAGGUCAGGUGUCAGCAGGUAGCUGGGUGAACCUGACCUGCUCCAGCAGAGCCAAUCCUCCCAUCAGCAGCUUCACCUGGUUCAAGAACAGCAAAGAUGGACCCGUCAAUGUAUCUGAAGGAGACGUUUACAGCUUUAAUGUCACUGAUGGAGGAGUUUAUUACUGUGUGGCCAUCAAUGGGCUUGGUAAUGAAAGAUCAUCAGAGGUCCAUAUUACUAUUGAAGGAGGCAAAGAUAACCCUCAAGAAUUGGCUGCUGUUGUUGGAGGAACCAUUGGGCUCAUCGUACUCAUCGGCCUGGUUGUCUGUGUUUGGCGUUUAAAGUCGACACAUCAAACUGCACAACAGAGUCAGAAUCUGACUGUUGAAGAGACAGCAAGUGUACCAGAAGAGGACAUCCAUUACGGAGAGAUUAACUUCUCGAGGCGUGGACCUGAACUCUCCUUAGCCUCGGUGCAGGACAGUGGAGAGCAUCAGGACACGCUGUAUACACAGGUCAAAGUGUCCAAGACCGCGAAAAACGCAACACAGACUGAUGACGUCCCCGAGGAUCUCUACGCUAAAGUGAAGAAAUAAUGAGUGAUGUCUGUUUACUUUUUCAAGAAGUUUCAUCAGUCGGUUUGAAAGAGACAGGAGAAAAUGCAAUCUUCAGUUAUUUAAAGGGGAACUCAAAACCUCCACACACUGCAGCUCUGAAAGUUUAGCCAGUAAUCAUGAUGAAAUUCUUUUUUUUAGACCCGACAUAUGAUGCCACCUGUGAGAUGAGAAAUAUAGGUCCUUAGGCUCUGAAUAUGGAACUAUUCUAAAAGACAGCUCUGUACACACCUAACAAUGUACUAUAAUAUUAUAUUUACUUUUAAAAUGUCUGUAAUUUAGUUUCUUUCUUUACAUUUUCUACAAGGUGUGUUUCAUCUCAUUUACUGAUCUAUUCUAUUUCUUACAUCUUUUGCAUACCCUUUUGUAUUCAAAUUGUAUUUGUAUUGCUUCAUAAAUGAACAUGAGACACAUUCUCCCCAUUUGUAGAUAUUUAAUCAUUGCACUGAAAUAAAAACCAUAGCAUACAACUUCUAAACAUACCUAUUAAUCUCAGUCGUAUUUAUUGGUCCAACAUUUCACAUAUUACAUUACAUUACAUUACAUUACAGUCAUUUAGCAGACGCUUUUAUCCAAAGCGACUUACAGGAAGUGUAUUCAACAUAGGUAUUCAAGAGAACUACUAGUCACCAGAAGUCAUAAGUGCAUCUCCUUUCUUAAACAAGCAUCUCAAAGCAUAAGCCAGAGCAAAAGUAUAGUGCAGAGGCAGAUUACUAUGAAAACAAUAAUUGCAACAGACUAAUCCGAAUAUAGUAAGUGCUACAAACUACUACGAAUAGGAUAAGUGCAGUAAAUAAAUACAAAUUCAAUAAGUGCAGCGAACUGAUACGAAUACAGUAAGUGCAGCAACUAAUACGAGUGCAAUAAGUGCUACGAGGAAGGCUCCGGGUAGUACUUCUUGAAGAGGUGAGUU